CAUACCUGCCAACCCUCCCGCAUUUUCCGGGAUAUUCCGCAUUUCUGGAAUUUUAGGACCUUAAAAUGCGGGAGAUUCCGCAUUUUGGAAAUUUAAGCCAAAUUGGGCUUGUAUUACCAUUUGCCGCGAUUUGUGUGAGAGCUCUCGUAUAGUAUACUGUGUGUGUGUUGAUGGCCGCGGAAGCUCAUUUGGCUUGUAAUGACGGUUUUGCAGCGUAUUUGUGCCACUGAUCUAUAGCGUAGAGAUCAGCAUUAUGUGUGUGUGUGUAGCGUUUGGCCUGGCAUGUACGCUCCAUACUUACACACACACACACGCAUACAAGCGAAUACAGUACAUGCACGCUUCACGUGCGAUCGAGCUUGAGCGAGCGGCUUUGGUUCAACGUGUAAUCGUGAAUGGUUACUACACUCGCAAAAGUUUGUUAGUUUUACUUAUAUUAGUUAUAAUGUCUUCCAAUCCCAAGGAAUACGCUUGCUUGAUGGAUUCAUGGAGUUUACCGUACCGUACUGACUUUUUAAUUGUCUAAUCCAGUAUUUGGAAGAAGUGUGUUGGGACUUUGGUAUACAGAGUGAACGCCCGCUGCAACGCGGUACCGGAGCUGAGUCAGUGCCAGUGGAGUGGGGCCCGGGCAGCGAUGCGUACCGUACACAUGGUAUGUACUGUGUAUAGUGUGAUCGAUGCAUGUCAAAUGUUGCCGGAGCUGUUAUGGGGAAUUAUCAAACAAUCGCUACACCGCUAACCUCCCUUCUCUAUUCUAGUUAUAGAUCUAGAUAGAUCUAUGCCGGUGAAAACUUAAAAUGGCUGAAUCAAAGGCAAAAAAGAAAUUUUUGCAAAGUUUCAAGGAUGAUUAUACAUCACGUUUCCCAUGCAUCUCUUCAUCAAAUAAAGGCAAGCAUUAUGCAUUUUGUAGAGUUUGUAGAUGCGAUUUAAAGAUUGCACAUGGUGGAGCAGGUGAUAUUUCAAUACAUCUUCGCUCAAAAAAGCACAUUGAAAAAGAAGUAGCAGAAGAGAAGGCCAAAAACAUUCCCAAAGAAGGACGAAUUAACACGUUUUUCAGAAAAGAGGAUUACUCAGUAAUUAAUGCCGAAGUGAUGUUCACUGAUUUCUUGGUUGAGCACAAUAUUCCACUUGCUGCUGCUGAUCACAGUGGCCAAUUAUUUCGGAGAAUGUUCCCAGAUUCACGAAUUGCAAAACAAUACAACUGUGCAAGAACAAAAGCUUCGCAUGUGGUGCAGAGUCUGGCUGCCGCAGACCGUGACACUCUGGUAUCGCAAAUGAAAAACUCUCGGUUCAGUCUGGCAACAGAUGCCAGCACCGACAUGGAGGCAAUUAAACUCUAUCCACUUGUAAUUAAAACAUUUGACGAGAUGGAGGGAAAAGUGUUGUGUCAGCUGUUAUCACUGAAAGAAUCAUCAGAGCGAUCGACAGGCGAAAACAUUUUUGGUAUACUAGAUCAUGAACUCAAAACUCACAACAUCUCGUGGACAAAUUGUGUAAGCUUAUCAUCUGAUAAUGCCUCAGUAAUGCUAGGAAAGCAUAAAGGAGUGGCAGCGUAUGCGAAAGAACAGAAUGCCAAUAUUUUCAUCGCGGGAUGUUCGUGCCAUUUGAUACACUUAGCUGCACAGAAGGGCAGUCAGAAACUGAAGUUUCCGUUAGAUGACUUGCUUGUGGAUGUCUUCUAUUACAUCGAUAAGAGUUCGUUGCGUCAUCAGGCCAUAAUUCGGCUGCAGAAGGAACAUGGUGUUGCUACAAAGAAAAUCCUGAAACAUGUCUCUACCAGAUGGCUAUCUUUGGGAAAAGUUCUAGACCGUCUUCUAGAAAAUUGGUCUCCUCUUCUAGAGUUCUUCAAGGAUGAGGCUACACCUAACGAGAGCAGAAAGAGGAAGGCCUCUGCAGCUGCUAAUGGCAAGCAAGCCAAGAAAGUCAAGAUGACGAACACCAAGCCUGUUUCAGCCGAGAGCAUGUGCAUGGCACGAAAACAACCUGCUUUAGCAAGUACAUCCAAGAGUACUGCUGCUUCUACAAGUACAUCCAAGAGUACUGCUGCUUCUACAAGUACAUCCAAGAGUACUGCUGCUUCUACAAGUACAUCCAAGAGUACUGCUGCUUCUACAAGUACAUCCAAGAGAACUGCUGCUUCUACAAGUACAUCCAAGAGUACUGCUGCUUCUACAAGUACAUCCAAGAGUACUGCUGCUUCUACAAGUACAUCCAAGAGUACUGCUGCUUCUACAAGUACAUCCAAGAGAACUGCUGCUUCUACAAGUACAUCCAAGAGUACUGCUGCUUCUACAAGUACAUCCAAGAGUACUGCUGCUUCUACAAGUACAUCCAAGAGUACUGCUGCUUCUACAAGUACAUCCAAGAGAACUGCUGCUUCUACAAGUACAUCCAAGAGUACUGCUGCUUCUACAAGUACAUCCAAGAGUACUGCUGCUUCUACAAGUACAUCCAAGAGUACUGCUGCUUCUACAAGUACAUCCAAGAGUACUGCUGCUUCUACAAGUACAUCCAAGAGUACUGCUGCUUCUACAAGUACAUCCAAGAGUACUGCUGCUUCUACAAGUACAUCCAAGAGUACUGCUGCUUCUACAAGUACAUCCAAGAGAACUACUACUCAGUUUGAUAUUACACAGUACUUAUUCAGACAACAGGAGUUGGCUGAGAAGCACUCCAAAUCAAAAACAUCAACAAAUGUAUCCAGUGAUACCUCUGUCAAGACAUCUUCCCAGAAUGACUCGCUACAAGGGAAAGCAGCCCGUAUCUUCCAACAACUGAAUGACCCCAAUUGCAAGCUUCAAGCACUUUUUUUGCAGGCUUGCUUGCCAGCUUUCGAUGGUGCAAAUACUAUGUAUAAUCUUGAUGUUGCUGAUUGUAUCUCAGGUGCCUUAAUGGUACUACAAAGUGAUGAACCAUAUAUUCAUCGAAUACACAGAAUACUGUUAGAUCAGCUAGCAUCACUGUUAUCAAAAUUUGUGAAACCUUCUGCAAUUGUUGCUGCUGAAGACAUUACCAAGCUAGACUUAGCAAAUGAAGACAAUCAUAAAGACAAUGAGGAUAUUCAUAUUGGUUUUGAAUGUAGGCAGUUUCUCAAGGACAAUGAAGACAAACUAGAUGUUGCAACAUUCUACACUUCUGCUAAGAACUUUUUGAGUGCUUCCUCAUCAUACAUGAUCCAGAAGUAUGCAUUUAAUGAUGAUCUGCUGCUCAAUGCAGAAGUGCUAGAUAUUUCAGCAAGGCUUCACAAGAAGUUCAGUUCUGUUGAGUACUUCAUCAAAAGAUUCAACCUGCUUCCCCUUGACAAAAUGGACAAAGUUGAAUCUGAAUUCUUGAGCUAUCAGAUUGACAAAGAUAUUGUCAAUAUAGAUAUUGAAGAUGGGAGAAUUGAUGAGAAAUGGCACAAAAUUGGACAGCUAAGAGACUUCUCAACAAAUUGUCCAAAGUAUGCUCUCCUGACUUCAGUUAUGAAAUGCAUACUAGUAGUGUUCCACAGCAACAGUGAUUGUGAACGCAUCUUUUCAAUUGUUGAAAAAAACAAAACUAAGCAAAGGGCUAGUUUAGGGACACCAACAUUAGGUGCAUUACUCAUCCAUAAGUUGGCAGUGCAGAGUAGGGGCAAGAAGUGUUUCUCCUCUGAAUAUUCCCCAGAAACACUCAAGGCAGCAAAGAGUGCAACUUAUCAAGCCCUGUCAGGCCAAUCUACACCCUUGUAAUGGUCAGUAACAAUUGUACAACUAGCAAGAUGGGUUAAUAAUAAUAAUAAUAAUAAUACAUAACAUUUAUUAGGCGCUUAAUACUGAUGUUUCUAAGCGCACAGUGU